AUGGCACCACGAGACACUCGCCCGAGCUCCAAUCUCGUGAAUCCCACUAGUCUUUCCGAUCCGCAAUGGUACUCUCAUGGCAUAAGCAUUGAGGGUGCUGGGAGAACCAUCCGCACAUCUGGACAGGUUGCCCAGCGCGGCGAUGGCACCUGGCCGUCAUCUGUGGCAGAGCAGAUCCAACAAGCUGUAGCUAACUUGGAGGAAGUUCUUAAAGCCGCUGGCGCAUUCCCUCGAGACAUUGUUCAUCUUCGCUUUUACGUCGUUGACUGGGAACUUUCCGCAGCUAAUGACCUCAUUGCACCAGUCUUGGCUCUCCUCACAGACAAAUAUGGUUCUGCCAAUAAACCGUUGACGACGCUCGUACCGGUUCCCAAACUUGCGUUCCCGGAAGCAAAGUUUGAGAUUGAAGCGAUCGCUAGCGUUGGCAAUGCUUCUCGCCCGUGGCUUGCAGAGAGAGAUAUGAUCCAGAAGCUCUCAAGCGACACAAUUUCUACACCGACCAUUGAGACCGAUGUCGUUGUGGUUGGCGGCGGCUUCUCAGGCAUCAUGGCUGCAUACGAACUAAACCAAGCUGGAUACUCGGUCAUUCUUUUGGAAGCCAAACAUCGUAUUGGAGGUCGCAGUCGAACUCAACGACUUAAAACCAAUCCGAAUGCCGUUGUUGAGCUUGGUGCAACAUGGAUCAAUAAGAAGACACAACCCACCAUAUAUGCUCUGACGCAGAAAUUUGGACUGGAAACUGAAGCUCAAUACACGGAAGGCGAUCAGAUUUACCAAGGAUACGAUGGGAGAAUCUAUAGAUGUAACAUGGAUCAAGCUCAUAAUGAGAAUACUCAACAGGUGCAAAAGUUUAUUCUUCUCAUGGCUGAAGCUGCCGAAAAGUGUAAUAUCCGCCUCUUUGACGAGUUUCCGGAAGAGGAGGAUGUCACAUUGGCUGAAUGGGUAGCCCAAAAAGGACUCGCGGAUAACCCUGCCGUUGAGGCGACUUGUCGUUUAUUGUGCUCUGCAGUUGUCGGCCGUGAGCCCGAGGAUGUUGGAGCACACUACUUCUUGGACUAUCUCAAAUCUUGCUAUGGUUACAUGAGUAUCGUAAGCGAAGGCGAGGAAGGAGCCCAGUCCCUCAAAAUCAAGACCGGUACAUCAUCUAUAGUUGAUGCUCUAGCAAAUACCCUACCUGCUGGUUCUGUAAUGCUUCACAGCCCAGUUGACAGCAUCUCUCAGUAUGCCAGGAAUGAGGUUCACGUCACAACCAGCAGUGGCGCAACCUACAAGGCUAAAAGAGUCAUCAUUGCUAUCCCAACAAACACAUAUACAAACAUUCAAUUUACCCCGCCAUUGCCGCCUACCAAGAAAGCUCUCGUCACUCGAACAAAGCCAGGUAUAUAUGCAAAGGCUAUCUUGACAUACUCGUCUCCGUGGUGGCGAGAUGCAGGGCUUGUGGGGAAGUUUGAAUCAGUCAUUGGCCCCAUAUGUUUCAGCUGGGAUAUUAGCGAUCUUUCUAAGAAACAAUACAGCUUGGCAAUUUUUGUUGCCGGAAAAGUCGCUAGUGAGUGGCAUAAGUUGGAUGAAUUAGCGCGCGAAGAAGCCAUCAUUGAGCAUCUGGCAACGCUUGUGGGAGAGAACUCUUCGCUUGCAGCAAAAGCCCGCAAUAUCCUGGAGUUUAACAUGGUAGAGUGGACAAAGGAAGAAUAUAUCGGUGGUGCACCGACUAGCGCCUUAGGCCCCGGUAUGCUGAAAAAGUUUGGCACAGUUCUCAGGGAGUCCGUGGGAAGUAUUCAUUUUGGGGGUGGAGAGACGGCAUACGAGUGGAAGGGUUACAUGGAGGGUGCUAUCACGGCUGGACAACGGGUUGCCAAAGAGGUCGCUGAUGAACUAGCAGCUCAACCUCAGCUCUAAAUAUUAGGAUGUAUGUUCCGUAAGCCUCUCACUUAGCAAACAAAGGAAAUGGAUGC